UGCAAUCUAUUAAGAAGUAGCAUGAAGUUUUUUCGCGCAAUACUUUUGUUUGUAUUCGCGUAUCACGUUUCCGCUGAGGAUACGGAGGAAAACCCAUCGAGAAAUCGCACAAGAGGUCGUUAUGGCAUAACUUAUGGAAAAAAUGCAGAUUUUUCGAAAUAUCCGUUUUACACGAGAAUUUGGACAAAAUGUUCGGGUUCGACGUAUUUUUGUGGAGGAACGAUUGUGGAUUAUAAUAAAGUACUUACGGCUGGGCAUUGUGUUUAUGGAUGUCAAGAAUUUCUCGUUUGUGUGGGUUCUGGAGUAACUCUCGACACGACUUAUUGCUUUUACGUUACUGACAUGACCAAAGUUUGUGUUCACAAGGGUUUCCAUGAAGCGCAGAAAGUAAGACAGUUUAACGAUGAUUUGGCUUUGAUCACGAUCGAUGGAAAUAUUUUCCGUGCAUGCCCAAAUGGAGUUGCAAUUGCUCCGUUUCUCGAUACUUGUCCAACAGCUUCUUGCGAAACUUAUAAGAAUUCCGUUGGCGUGGCAAUUGGAUGUGGCGAAACUCACGAUUCAAUGCUUUCGAAAGUUUUGCAAGAAGCAGGACAGAAACCUGUGACUACAGCAGAAGGAUUAAAGACGUUCGGAAUCAUUUCGCCAUCUAGCAAAUAUUCUUUGUGCUUUACUGUUUCUUCUACUUCAGAUUAUCGCAUGUCGACUUGUUCAGGAGAUUCGGGAUCUCCAUUGUUAUAUCCAAAUCCCGUUACAGGUGACAUGGAAGUCGUUGGCGUUUUGUCGUUUGGAACUGCUGAUUGUGAUACUGGAUCGCCAUCUGCUUUUACCUUCCUCGCCAAAUACAAAAAUUUCAUUAAGCACAACUACGAAUGUGUAUCUUUGUCAGCUAUUCAAGCUCAGCUUGCAAAUGUUCAAAGCUCAUUUAAUGCCUAUCGGAUUAACAUGAAACCACGAAAUGAAGAAAUUUGGAAAAACUCUGAAACUAUGAGAUUUACUGAGACCACAGAACAAACGAACACGAUGAAGCCAAAUGUGGAUUUUUCCAAAUAUGACAUCUCAAAUACGGAAAAACCAACAGAUGAUGAAAAGAAAUGCGAAUCGAAAAUCGCUUUGAUAAAAAUGUUUUUCAAAAUGUGUUUGGAGUUUUUCAAGGCUUUGAUGAGUCUUUAACUUAUUUUUAUUUAUUUUACGAGUUCUAUAAAAUACAUUGACAGAUUUCAAAGUUCUUACUAAAGUUUACAAAUAAAAAUUUUAGUAAAAAAUUGUGAAAUCUGACAA